UUAAGGGAUUAAAAGAAUAAAUAUACACUGAGCCAUAAGAUAUAAAACAUAAAGCAAAUAUUCAAAUUACCUCUUUUAAGACUUUCAAGCACAAUAGCUUGAGCAGCAUCUGCUUAUUUAUAAUUAAACAAAACAAAACUGUAACUACAUUACAAAUCUAACACAUGCAUCUGUAUGCACAUUAUUUCUUUCCAACAAUCAGAUUCUGUGUGAUUUUACACAGAAUUUUUAGCCUUCCAGUGUUCAAGAAUAAAAUCAAAAAGAAAUCGUUUACCAAGCAGUAAGUGUGGCUCAAUUAUUCACAGCAUGCUUCCUAAACAUUCCAGGAUGAUUCAGCACAAUGCAGCACCUGCAAAUGUUCAGCUGAGUGUGUCAAAUAAAUUGGAGAAAACAUACAUUCAGUGACUGUGGAUGAGGCGUGAUGUUCACAUGUUCAUAUUGUUCAGCUAAUGAUGGCUUACUUUUAUGUAAAAAAAACUUAACACACUAACGCAGCCUCUGCUUUUCUGACAUAUUUGGGCAUGUGGAUAUAUAACAUAUAUAAAAUUAAGAGAAAACAAGGCAAUCAAACCAAAGAAUAGACACUGUAAGGAUUUGAGUUUUUCUGUGUGUUUAUUUUUCUCUGUGUUGUCCUGUCUACUGCUUAAUUGUUUCCAGUUGUGUCUUGUUCCCUGAUUGCCUUCUGUGUAUUUAAUCCCACCUGUCUUCCUGUUCCUCUUCGGGUCCUUGUCUAAUCUGUCUUGUCGUCUUGUCUACAGUCUUGCCGUGUCAAGUCUGCUGUCAGAUGCCUAUUGUUUACCAGUUGCUACCAGUUUUUGAGCCUUAGCCUUCCGCUCAUCUGUGCUGCCUGGAUUAUUGUGUGUUUAGGAUCAUUAAAUCAUCAAUUCUUCAUUCCAACCUGGAUCCUCAGCGUCUUCCUUGCCACCUCAUGCCGCAUAUCAUGACAGACACAUUCAUACUUUCUGUAAAAUGUAAUGAAAGUUACAUUUCAGAAGAAAGAUAAAUUAGGACACCCACACAUUAAUUCUCACUAAGAUGCAUCACAGAGGAAAACAUGAUAAGAAGUUUGUUACUCAGCAUUUUGAAGGUUUGCCAUUUAAACCUCAGACAUUCAGAUUUGUUUACUACUGACACUUAUGAGAGUGAGCACCAUGGUGAGACUGAAAGGGCUGUCUGAGGCCUUUAGAAAGAAGAUUGCUGCAGCUUUUGAGGUUGGUGGGGGACUUCAAGUAGUCUCAGAACAAUUUAAAAUCAGCCAUGUCACUCUAUGGAAAAUAGUCUAAAAGUGGAGAACAUUCAAUGCACGCAUUCCCAAAAUUGAACAUUUUGACACCAAAAACAUAGAACAUUUUAGGCAUGAAUCAAAUAUGGUCAGAAAAUUAAUGUUGUACAGUCUGUAGGGCAUAGUGGUGGAAGUGUCAUGGAUCUGGGGAUGUUUUGCUGCAUCAGAACUUUGCCAGAAUCCACCAUGAAAAGUUGUUUAAGCUUAAAAAAUAAAGAAAAGCUUACUGUUAAUUUAUUAAGGAAAUCUAAGAAAUGUUUUCAGCAUGUUCUCAAACCACAGCCAUGACCCAAGAGAUUUACCAUGUUUUUCUCUUUUGAGACAUUUUCAGUCUUUUUAACUAUAAUAUAUCUGGUGUUUACCAAAUUCUAAAAUUAAAUAAAUUCAACACUUUCACUGAUUUUUUUUCUUUUUUGUUUUGGAUAGAUUUUCUUACAAUGUCAGUUUUUUCAGCCUGAUUAAGGGAUUUCCUGUUUAUAUUUUUAAAAUUGUAUCUCUUUAAUUUUGAAUUCGAAUGCCAUUUGACAUGGAGGAAGGAUAACAGUAAACAGACCCAGUUGUGGUUUGUUAAUGUUAUAAAGACACACUGAGAAAGUAAUUUAAUGAUUUGUAGCAAUAAGCUUAAAGUGGUCUCAGAUAAAUGAGAAUAUAGAAAAAUAAUAGCAUCGAAGGGAAGUGGAGGUGGGUCCCUGUGCCUCAUCUUAAGGUCACCUUUGACAACAAGAUCUGUUUUAUACAACAUUAACAUAAUUGAAGACAUGUAAUUAUCUGUAACUGGGAUAUUUCAGAUUCAGAAAUACACACAGAUAAAUCUAAGCAUGAAAAUACAUUUAUUUAUCUACUUAUUUACUUCGGAUUAUAUAACUCAUGAAAACUAAAUUUAAAAUGUUUAAAACCAACCGUCAAUGGCCUCAAUUCUGUUGCAUGACAACAAUAACAACUAUGAAGAUUGAAUUAAAUGUAUUUAUUGCCUGUAUCUUUUCUAUUUUGUAGAGAUUAUAGUCACAGGUCUGUAAUGUUAGAGUUUUAACUGUAAAUAUAAGUCUCUACGCUUGAGGUUUAGCAUUUAUCAUUAGGGCCACAGAGCAAAAUUGUAUGAAAUAAAUACAAAAUCUCACAUAUAGACAUUGUCCUCCUAUGUACUCAUUUGUCACAUGAUGCACAUUAAAAUUGAGUAACAUGAAAAGCUCAGAGAUCUUUUUGUUUUACUUUUCACCAGUUAAUAAUUGGAGGCAGCUGCUAAGCCCAUAAUGGUAGCGUCAUGAGAUAACAAUAGAGAGGUAAUGUCGUGUAAAGUAGCCCACAUAUUUUGGGAAAUGGGAACACAAACAGGGUCAGUAGAUUUGAAAUAAUACAACGUGAAGUAAUGUGAAGACUGUACACAACCAAGGCAGUUUCCUUCCGGUGAAAAUAAAAAGACGGAAGGGGAUCUGCACAGACAGUAGUGGGAUGCACAGACCAGAACAGAUCCAGCUGGACGCAGAGAGAGAGGCAGACUGCAGACCAUAAAGAAACGCGGCAGAUUAUCUCCCGGACGACAGCCCAACUUUGGGGAGAUUUAGCCAUUAAACCAAGAGAGAACAAAGUAACGUUUAAUGGAUGACAUCUAAAAUCUACAUCGACUGACUGCAGCCCUAACUCCGCGUGUGUGAUGUGACCGCUGACUGCACAAAAUCUGACGCUUGUGCGCACGAUGGAGGAACUUUUACGCACACAGGAUUCUUGGGCUCAGAACGUUUCCUGGUACAAUUCCAGUUAUUUAAACAUCACCAAUAUAGGGAACAACACGGUAAACCCCUUAAAGCGAAAUGAAGAAGUAGCCAAAGUGGAAGUUACUGUCCUGGUUCUGGUGCUGCUGCUCGCUCUGACCGGCAACCUGUGCGUCUUGUGGGCUAUCCAUACCACCAAGCACAGCCAUUCUCGGAUGUAUUACUUCAUGAAGCACCUGAGCAUCGCAGAUCUUGUUGUGGCGGUGUUCCAGGUCCUGCCGCAGCUCAUCUGGGACAUAACCUUUCGUUUUUACGGACCUGAUUUCCUUUGCAGGCUGGUCAAAUACCUCCAGGUUGUUGGCAUGUUUGCGUCAACCUACAUGCUGGUCUUGAUGUCCAUCGAUAGAUGCUUAGCGAUCUGCCAGCCGCUUCGCUCGGUGCACAAGGGGAAAGAUCGCUUCUGUGUGAUCGCAUCUUGGAUCCUCAGUCUGAUUUUCAGUACCCCACAAGCCUACAUCUUUUCUCUCAGGGAGGUCGGGAAUGGCGUUUACGACUGCUGGGGGGACUUCGUGCAACCCUGGGGUGCCAAAGCCUACAUCACAUGGAUGAGUCUGAGCAUUUACAUUCUUCCAGUAGCGAUAUUAAGCAUCUGCUACGGUCUGAUAUGCUUUAAAAUAUGGCAGAAUAUCAACAUGAAAACCAGGAGGGAGCAUUUUUUGGCUCUCACACCGAGGCCAUCCAAAGGCGCACAUCCACUGUCACGCGUGAGCAGCGUCAGACUCAUUUCAAAAGCCAAGAUCCGCACCGUGAAAAUGACAUUUGUGGUGGUCAUUGCAUAUAUUGUGUGCUGGACUCCUUUUUUCUUUGUCCAGAUGUGGUCUGCAUGGGAUCCUGCUGCACCAAGAGAAGACAUGGCCUUCAUCAUCUCCAUGUUGCUUGCUAGCCUCAACAGCUGCUGUAAUCCCUGGAUCUACAUGUUCUUUGCUGGUCACCUGUUUCACGACCUGAUGCGGAGCUUCUUCUGUUGCUGCAGACACUAUCUAGCGGACUCUUCCUGCCGCUGCGAUCAGCAGUGCAGGCACAAAAGUGGCUCCUCCACUUUCGUCAUCAAGAACGGCAGCAGUAUGAGGAGUUUGACUCACACUUCCAGCACAGGGGGGCCCGCGCAAUGAGCCGGCAGGGAGCCAUCUUAAGCUUCCCGUGGUUGACUUGAUCCAGCAAUCAUGCAAGGCCUUGGUUGAGGCAUUUAAUCAGCUACAGCAGAGCUGAGCUUCGCCAUGGCACAAUGCUUGUUGUCAGCUGUAUUAAAUUAAGCCAAACAGAGAACAUAAACCUCCUGUCCGGAAACAGCCCUGCACCCUGUGAUAACAGAAAGUAGAACAAAAUGCCAUUGUGUCCAAAAUGUGAACUAAAUGAGCUGCAAAGUGAAGUUCUAACCAGAGCACAUUUAAAUUUAGCAGGAUGUGUUCAAAUGUUCGCUCACGGCUGCAGUCAGCUCUGACAGGACCAGACAGGAUGGACCAGACUUUAAUUGAAGAUGCCAAAAAACUUUUCCUGUUGUUGCUCUGAACAGACUGACUUUCAUUUCUAUCUUUGGCCACAGAAUGAGUAGGAGGAAAAGAAUUAAUGUAUAUUAUUGUUUACUGUGGCAUGUUCAAACAUAUAUAUCUGUGAGAUGACAAAAUAGGACAAAAUAUUCCAUACUGGAUGUUUAGUUAACAAGACUUCUCUACUAUCUAAGGUUAAACAACUGUAAACAUUCUUUAUAUUUGUUUACAGUGUUUUUGUACUUCAGUUUUAUAGUUUAAGGGUGUAUUCAAACCUGACACAUUCGGCCCACUUUAAACGGACCAGAAUAUGUUUCCCCCUGUUGGUCUAAAGCCUUUUGUUCAGGUGUGAAUACACUCAAGCGAACUCUGGUGCGGACUAAACAAGUGGACCUAGACCCACUUUUUGAGGUGUUCUCAAAACAAACUCUGGUGCAUUUCCCUUCAAGUGUGAACACAGACCGGCCUCAAUAUGAACCAACAACAGGACACACACGACAUUUUGGACUUCUUGAGUCACCAUUGCUGGGAAUUAUGGUAAAAAUGAGCCCUUCAGUGUUGCUACUACAACGUGUACUGAAAUGGUACCUGAUUGCCUGUUUGCUGCUGCCAGCAUGUUGUGGGCCAGGGCACACAGAGCAUCUAAUUCAGCUUCCACCACACACUUGUGGACACCAGUUCCAAAAUUUGGAAUAUCACAUUGUAAAUCCUUCAUUGUUUGAACUGCUCCUUACGUUUUAAAUGGUAUUACAGUUCUAAUAACAGCACAAAUGUGCACAACAGAAAUGCAGCAAGCAGGACUUCCAGAGUUCUUUUUUUUUUUUUGGGGUCUGUCCUCUGUUCCAACCCCUGUCAUUUCUGGCCAGUGGGGUCUUCACCCAAGUUGAUUUGUCUAUAAAGAGUAGUCCACUUGCAAAAAAAGGACAAUGAGAAAGCAAAUCGAAGGAAAAAGAAUAAAUAAAGUCCGCUGUUGGUUCCCGACCAAACACGCAAACAAAAGUCUAUCCUGGUGUGUAUACAACUUAAAGAAAGUUUACCAUAGAUGCUGAUCCACAUUGUUAAUAUUUUUAGACAGUUUUUCUCAGUUGCUUUUGCACAUUUCUCUUAAAACAAUUGAAACUGAACAAACUUCCUGUUUAAUUUCCAAGUCCAGUUGCUAGCUAUUUUCAACUAUUUCUUCUUUGAUUUGUUGUUCUGCAUAUACUUUUAUAAACUCAUGCAGUUUCUUAUGAGCAAUAGAUGGUUGUUACAUACAUUUGCUCAUUUAAUGAUGAUCAAAUGCAUUUCUCUUCAGGCCAGCUUGUCAUUUCAUCUUGCAUUUAAGGGUAUUGAAAUACUUACAUAAAACCAUAAAGCAUAUUUCAAACAUUUCUUCUGAAAUUCUCUCAAUGAUUGUGUUCAGAAUAUAUAGAGUUUCUACCACUUUGAAUUGCUCUCAGGUUAAACUUGACUAGGGGAAUGUGUGGCACUGGCUCAUUUAUAUUCUUGCUAACAGAACUACAUUUACUCACUCAACCAAUCACAAACUGUUUUAUAAAGAUUUGUUGCAUGCACAUUAACUUUUUUCUCACUGACUGACAUUAAAUCAGACUAAACUUUUCUAAUUUCAAAUUAGAGUAAAAUUAUUUCUACUUGCUGAUAGUUUUGAAAAGAGAUGAUAAUUUCAUGAAAUUCCAGUUUGCAGUUGUUCAUGCGCAAACCUAUUUGGUUUUUGUCCAUUUUUUUUUUUAAUAUCCUAUCACCUGCUGCUUAUUGCAGCUAGUUGAAAUUUUGGCCCAUUCCUAACUGAGUCAGAUUUGGAGGCUGCUUUGCUCUCACACACAUUUUCAGCCCUGUCCACAAAUUUUCUGAGGGUGUGAAAUCGGAGCUUUGUGAUGACCUUUCCUGCUUUUGUUGUCUGAAAAGCUCUCUAACUAAUGUGAUGGUAUGCUCAGGGUCAUACCAUCCUGACCCAGGCCUUAAUUUUCCACCUGUUGUCUAGUGAUGUUGCUUCAUUAUUUUCACAGAAUGUUCCUUCCUCCUGAGGCAAUCUGUUUUCAGAUGUUUACUUCUUGCAGCAAGACCCCAACAACACAACUCUGUCAUUCUUGUACUUCACAGUUUGGAUGGUGUUCUUAGGGUUGCAAGAUUGAUCCUUUUUUCCUGCAGAUGUGACAAUGGAAAUUAUGACCCAACUAUUUAGUUUCAGUUUCCUCAGACAACAAGACAUGGCUUCAAAAAGUAAUUUUUAUGUUGCCUUUGUAGUAAUGGCUUCUUUCUGAUAGAGUCGCCUUUCAGCUCAUGUCAGCACAGGACUUGUUUUGUUGUCGAUAAUAACCCCCUCUCACCAGAUUUGGCCUACAUCUUCACAUUGUCAUUUUCUUUUGUUCAGAGAUUGUUUCACACAUUUUGCAACGAAACAGAUGUUGUCUCUGGGGCACAGAACAACACCAAUGUCCAGCUGGACAAUCCCAAGCUGUUUUUACUUGUGUGCAAUUGGCACCUUCAGGCACCCAAUACUGAACCAGACUUUCAGAGAGCCAUAGUUUUCAUCCUGAUAUUUUGCAUUACUUCUUUUUAAUUUCACUUUCACACAAGAAAGCAGUGUGUUUGAAUCAUCACCUCAAAACACAUCCACAGCUGUGUCUCCAGAUUUUUUUAUUGUUUUGUGAAACUCCUGAUAGGUUAAUUAGUCUUCAGGACUUUUGUAAAUUGUUUAAAGGUAAACCAAUACAAACAGUCUGAAUUUAAAGAAAGUAAGAAAGAAAAUCCUAAAAAAAUAUCUAUUUCAUUAGUCUUUCUUUUAGUAAAUAGAAAUAAUGAAUAAUACAUUAAUGAUUAUGGUUUGUAGAUUCCCAUCUACCCUAAAAGCAGAAAAUAUUUAAGAUCAGACCAAGAAAGGCUGUUUUCUUUUCUGUUACUGUGUAUGUAAUUAUCUGUUUUCAAUUGUAAAUUAAUAUACAAAUGCAUAAGUCACUUUGAUGGUUUUCCAACUUUAAAUCUGAAACACUUACACUGAUAAAACCUUUCCAGUAUCGUGUCCUGUAGCCUUGAUAUAUGGCAUUGGUUUUCACAGAUCUGUUGACUGGUAAAAAUAUUUAUUUUUCAGAUACAGACCUAGGAUCUGAACAAGUUCCUCAUUUGUGCUGUUUUCUCCAAAUGUUCUGUGAUAUUCACUAUUUUACAGAUCUUCAGAAUGAUGUGUGAAAUAUGCCAAAACAACUCAGAAAACGUGUAAUAGGAAUAUUCUCUCCUGAGGUUUGCCUGAUGUCCAAUAAAAAAACAUAACACUAAAAAAGGUUUAAUGUCUAUGCAUGGGUAUCUGCAGUCAGUGCCAUCUCAAAGUUCUGUAGAAAACCAUCCUGCCAAUUUGUUUGGGUGCCUGUGUGUGAAAAUAAAUCAUCCAGGUUAAUGAGUCGGGUUAAAUGGGAUUAGACAGAUCAAAGGCUAAACUCAGGAAUUUUGUCUAACCAUCCUGCAUUUAUUCAGACUUGACUUCAGGUCAAAACAUUGCUAUACCUCAGAAAUGAUGAGAACUGUUUUACUCUGUUUUUCUUUUAUACAUAAAACUGGUUUAUAGUGAUAUAUUGCCUCAUCUUAUGACAGAAAUCGAAAGCUCAAAACAUAGAAGCAAACAUCUAAUUGGCAUCCUUCAUGAUUUUCAAAGCCUAAUGUUGCAAAUUUAGAUUUUAUGUGACUGGAUAUAAAUUGCUGAACUCAUAGUUAUUCAUACUUCCAACAGAAAUGAAAGAGGGACCCAUCAAAAUGUCUUAAAACAAUUUUAAAGCAAUAUACAAGGAAACAUUUAAAAUAAUCUUAGCAGCAGUAGUUUGAUCAACAAAUGAAACCAUUACUGAAGAAAACCAGGGCUGCUAGUGUUCAAACUGCAGAAAAAUACAUUUUUUACAAUAGGUGCUGUGUGGUCCCUCUCAUACAGAACUUGCUUGCUUUAGUGGUUAUGAGCUGUAUGUCAGUGACCAAAUUUUACUUAAAAUAGUGAGACAGGCCCAUAUGUCCAAACCCUGUUAAAAUAACUGAGCUUUCACUCCCGUUUCGAGCCAGAAUUACUGCAGUGAAAUGGUUCUGGACUAUAAUUUGUGACAAAAGUGUACUUGGAUUGUAGCUCAGUGCUGAAGAAAUUAUCCCAAAUUAUGGACAACAUUGGAAGAGAGACGUAGAGUGGCUCAAUCCAGCCCCUAAAAGCAAUUACGAAGUCUGUUUCUCCACUUAUGUGUUAUUUUGAUCAACACCAGUCACAUACAUUAAAUCGGGAGUCAGCAACUCCAGUCCUUGACUGCCACUAUCCUACAACUUUUGGAUGCAUCUCUGCUCUAACACACGUGAAUGAAAAGGCUGCAUUACCUCUUUGGCAUGUCUGCAAGUUGUACAAAAGUUUGAUCAUUGGAUUCAGGUGUAUCGGGGCAGGAUUGCAGAUAAAAGUUGCAGAAUAGGGCUUGUUGAUUCUUAUUAAAUAUUUCCACCAGAAAAUUGUGUCAACUUUUUAAAAAAGUGCACACAUAGCCUACUUUAAAUCUUAAUGUGUAACUUACGAGAGUAAAAGAAUAUACUGUGGAUUUGUUUAUCUCUAUCUUGUCUGACUCAGUUUUUUUUUCCUUUCCUUUUCUUUUUUUCACUCUACAUGCAUCUUUUUAAGAAACCUCAGACACACCUAAUAAACAUGAUUCUGUGUACAUUAAAUGUGCAAUAUUGAGUCUGGCUGGUUUCAGUGUAGAUGCAAAAAAACAAAAUUAAUUUCACAACUGAAAGAUAUUUAACACUGGAUUUGCUCUUGAUCUUUCAACAUAAUAAAAUCCAUUUUAACCUGCUUGUUU